UAAAAAGCAGUGUUUCUACAUGAGAAGUGAUUGAGGCUCUAUACUGCCAUGUAUGAUUCUACAUAUGUGUUUGAUGAUGACUCUGACAAUGAAAUCUCUACCCAACAAGCUAUUCAGGAAAGCUUACGAGAUAGGCAUGAAAUUGAAACACGUGGCAGUGCAACAGAGGAUGAAAGUUUCCAGUACACUGCAAGUAAAGAACAUGGACAGAUAAUUGCAGCAAUUCGGACAGGCCAAGAAGAGGCCUUGAUGAAGCUGGUGAAGCACAGUUCUGCUUUCGAAGAAGCAGAUGAGCAGGGCUGGCUUCCUCUGCAUGAAGCAGCAGCACAGAUAAAUAUGAACAUCCUAGAAAUAACCUUGAAAGCCUCCUGUGCCGUUAUGUGGGAACAGGCCACGCUAAAAGGGGAAACACCUCUCCUGAUGGCAGUAAGAAAUUGCCUUGUAGACAACGUCCGCUUUCUUCUGCUCAGUGGCUGUGAUCCCAAUGUUAAGAACAAAGAGGGAGAUUCUCCUUUAGUUAUAGCAAUUAAACAUGAUUCGUAUGAAAUUGCCUCCUUGUUGAUAAGUUCUGGUGCAAAAGUGAAUUUGCAGUGUGUCCACAAGAGGACUGCUUUACAUGAGGCAGCCAAACUAGGCAGGAAGAAUAUGGUGAAGCUUCUCCUUCGCUCUGGAGCAGAUCCUGACCCUCGCAGUGGAUAUGGGCUCACACCUCUAGCACUGGCUGCACAGGGUGGGCAUACAGAAAUUAUGGAGCUCUUACUGCAAAAAGGUGCAGAUGUUCUUUCCCAGGCAAUGGAUUGUGCUUCUGUAUUAUUUGAAGCAGCAGGAGGAGGAAAUCCAGAUUCUUUGAGUCUUUUACUGGAAUAUGGGGCUGAUGCAAAUGUACCAAAGCACUCAGGUCAUUUGCCAAUCCACCGAGCUGCAUAUAGAGGACACUUACUAGCCCUAAAAUAUUUAGUUCCAGUUACAAAUUUUGAUGCCAUUAAAGAAAGCGGGAUAAGUCCAGUUCACUCAGCAGCAGCAGGAGCACACCCUCAGUGCCUUGAGUUUCUUCUCAAAUCUGGGUUUGAUGCCAAUUUCAUGCUGGGUCAGAGAGUUCGCAAGGGCUACGACGACCACCGGAAGUCAGCGCUGUACUUUGCCGUUUCCAACGGGGACAUCUGCUCAGCACGGCUGCUCUUGAACGCUGGGGCUCUGCCAAACCAAGAUCCCAUCAACUGUCUCCAAAUUGCUUUGAGAAUGGGCAACUACGAGUUAGUGUGUCUACUGCUCCGGCACGGGGCUAAUGUCAAUUAUUUCUGCAGAGUGAACACAACCCAUUUUCCAUCAGCUCUGCAGUAUGCUCUGAAAGAUGAGGUCAUGUUACGGAUGCUGAUGAACUACGGCUACGAUGUGCACCGCUGCUUUGAUUGCCCUCGGGGAAACAGCUCACAUUCCCAGUAUGUAACUGAUGGAUGGACUUCAACUGUUAUCAAAGAUACAAUGUUUUGUGAAGUGAUAACCUUGUCAUGGUUGAAGCACCUGUCUGGAAAAGUAGUGAGAAUAAUGUUAGAUUAUGUCGAUCAUGUUCAUAUCUGCUGGAAGCUGGAAGCAGUACUCAAAGAACAAGAACUCUGGCCAGAGAUCAAUUCAAUUUUAACAAACCCUCGCUCUCUGAAGCACCUUUGUCGUCUGAAGAUACGGGAAUGCAUGGGCCGGUUGCGUCUCCGUUGUCCUGUGUUCAUGACCUUCCUUCCACUGCCAAACUGCUUGAAAGACUACAUACGGUACAAGGAAUAUGAUCUUUAUGGGCAGGAAAACUUCGUAGGAAUGUACUGCCUCAAUUCUACAUAAUUAUUAGUUCUAUGUUUUGAAGGGAAUGUUGACAUGGAUAAGACAGUCUUAUGCAGCUGCUUUUUUCUGUUGGGAUUUUAUAUCCUAUGUGUAUUCAGGAAUACAGCCAGCACAUUUCCCACCUCUCCCCUGAAGAAAAUGGGGAGAACCCCAAAACGUAAGUACUGGUGAUCCCAUUCUACAUAUCUACUGGAAUAGAAACUAUCUGAAAGCUACAGUUAUAGUAUUUUAAAUGCUUGGUGUGAAAAGUUAAGGAACUGUGAAAUGCAGGGCUGCUAACCUUGUGUUCUUGCCAAGUUAAAGCCUGUCAGAACAGGUAACAUAAACCCCAUUGCAGGCUUAAACCCAGGGUUUAGUUAAAGGUCAGAGAUUUAAAUGAGGAAGGGACAUUGUUCCUUUUCCUCUUGUACCUCUCUCUUACUACGAAGUAGAGUUUUUGUUUGUCAAGUCCUGCAUUGAAGUUCUGAAGAGAAGCCUAAGUAGAUUUUUUUUUUAAGCAAUCCCACAUGCUAAGCAAUGAAGUGGGAUUAACAGCUAUAGAAACUUCUGCUUAUCACAGCAGCUAGUGUGAAACACUAGUGUUUGAAAAAGGUGCUGCUUCUGAAAGAUAUGUUGGUUCUGCAUUUCAUUCUCAGGUAUCAGUGUAUCUCAUCCAUUAUGUAUUUUGAUUACUCUCCUUAGAAUCAGGUUUUCCUUUUACUGUGUUGUCCAAAGGUGUGCUUGCACUUCUGGAGUUUCUCCUCAUACACUUCCAUCUUAAGCUUUGGGAGCAACCUGUCAGCAGCCACUGUCGUCUUAGAGAGUCUUACAUAGUACACACGGACCCUCAGCAUGAUGUUCUUUCUAAAUAUACUGCAGCUGUGCACCCAUAUUUUAUGUUAAAAAGAAGUUCAUCGACACAGUCAGCAUUAGUAAUAUUUAUUCCUUCAUUAUCAAGUAAGCAUAGAUAUUUUUUCUAGUUAUACAUGCAUCUUUAUCACAGAAGUUACAUAUUUCAAAAGUCUGCUUUUCCCCAGAAAAAUCUACAAACCUUAUAAAAUACAAAUUUAACCAUAAUGUAGUUAUGACCCACUGCUUUCUUACAUGAUGUUUAUCAUAUAAUAAACUAAUGAAGCCCAUGAAGAUGUGGAUCAGUACCCAUGUUAAUGGUUGUGCUG